UGCUGACAUGAUGCAGUAAAGAUUUUUGAUUUUUCUUUUCUUUUUCAGUGAUGUUCAGUCACAAUGGAAGAAGCUGAAGACGAUAUUGCAGUGGUGGGCAUUGGAUGCAAUUUCCCAGGAGGAGAGGGACUUGACAAUUUCUGGAAGGUUCUCAUAGAGGGGAGAACCUGUUCUGUGACAAUUCCCAAAGAGAGAUUUGACUUAGCCAGCUGGUAUGACCCUGAUGACAACAAAGCGGGUAAAUCCCGCACGGCCAAGGCUGCUCUCAUUGACGGGUUCAAUGAAUUUGACAACAGGUUUUUCGGCAUCAGCGACAGUGAAGUGGAGCAAAUGGACCCUCAACAAAAGCAGCUCCUUCAGUGUGUCUACAGGGCUUUAGAGAACGCUGGCAUGCCCAUGGAGAAAGCCAGUGGGACCAGGACAGGAGUGUUUUUUGGUCUAAUGAACAGAGAUUAUGAGACAACCGCUACACAGGUCCACCCGAGUGUGAUCAACCACUGGACUGGCACAGGGUUCGCCAUGAGUAUUGCUGCAAACAGAGUCUCCUACAUCUUCAACUUCACUGGGCCCUCACUGGCCAUCGACUGCGCUUGCUCAUCAUCUCUCGUGGCUCUUCAUCUUGCCUGUCAAUCCAUUAAACAAGGCGAUUGUGACAUGGCUGUUUGUGGAGGGGUCAGCUGUAUAAUAGAGCCAAGAGUGUUUGUUGCUCUCAGCAAGGCCAAGAUGAUCUCGCCUGACGGGACCAGCAAACCUUUCUCCAACAGAGGAGACGGUUACGGUAGAGGUGAAGGCUGUGGUGUUGUUCUCCUGAAGCCGCUUAAAAAGGCUAUACAAGACCAUGACCAUAUCUGGGGUAUCAUCAGCAAAACAGCCGUCAACCAAGACGGACACUCAGUCACUCCAAUCACCAAACCGUCCAUGACCCAACAAGAGGAUCUCCUGCGCAGAAUCUACUCAAAGUCUGACCUUGCAAAUGUCCAAUACAUAGAGGCACAUGGGACUGGAACCCCGGUUGGAGAUCCAACAGAGGCAGGAAGCAUCUCAAACGUCAUCGCUAAAGCCAGACCUCCUGGUUCAGCGACACUGCGGAUUGGAUCUGUGAAGAGCAACAUUGGACAUACGGAAUCUGCUGCUGGAGUAGCCGGACUCAUUAAGAUUCUCCUAAUGAUGAAGCAUGAGACCAUUGUUCCCUCAGUUUACUAUUCUGAAGAGGCUGCAAGUGUAGAUGCCAAAGCCUUGAACAUUAAAAUUCCUAAGGAAGCAGAAAAGUGGGAAGCCUCUGGUGCAAGAAUUGCAGGGGUGAACAACUUUGGCUUUGGGGGUACAAAUGCUCAUGCCAUUGUCAAACAGCACAAGCAGUCCCGCAUUGAGCAAAGGAAUGACAGGAAACAGGCAAAGUAUUUUGUCAUGUCUGCAAGUUCACAAAAAUCUCUUACUCUGAUGAUGGAAGACACCAUUAAACAGAUAGAAGAUAGCAAAGUUGAUCUAGAUGCUCUGCUGUACACAUCAGCUUGUAGGAGGAGCCAUCUAAAACAUAAAUACAGAAAGGCCAUUGUGGUUUCAUCUGUAGUUGAUCUUAAGGAGAAGUUAAGUGCCACCGUGGGCAAAAAUAUCAGCACGUCCUACUCAGAUUCAAGGUUAGUGUUUGUCUUUUGUGGAAAUGGCCUCACUUACCAUGGCAUGUGCAAACAGUUACUAAAACAAGAGCCUGUAUUCAGAGAUAAGAUCAAAGAGGUUGCACAACAUUUCCUCAGAUUGAGUACGCUGAACAUCUUGGACACACUUGAGAGUGAGUUUGAGGGUAGUGACUUCAAAAGCCCACAUGUUGUCCAGCCACUCCUCUUUGCUAUCCAAGUUGGCAUUACCACCCUACUCAGACACUGGGGUGUCAAGCCUGAUGCAAUACUUGGACACUCUGUUGGCGAGGUUGCAGCCGCUCACUGUUCAGGCCUCUUGUCUCUUGAGGAUGCAGUAAAAGUAAUCUACUUCCGCAGCAUUCUCCAGAACAAAGUCACUGGGGGUAAGAUGCUUGUGAUCAGCAACAUGGCUGUAUCCGAGGUAACCGAUCUUCUCCCUCGUUACUCUGGUAGAAUUUACGUCGCUGCUUUCAACAGCCCACAGUCCUGCACCCUCUCGGGUGAAGCAGAUGCAAUUGCAAGCUUCCAUAAGGUGCUGAGCACCUCAGCCAACAGUCAGAAUCUGUUCCUUCGUGUACUGGACGUCCCUGCUGCUUACCACAGCCACAUGAUGGACCCAAUUCUGCCAGAAAUCGAGGAGACAAUUGGCUCCUUGCAGGUGAAUGAUCUUGACACAGAGUUGUUCUCAACAGUGACAGGCAAAGAAGUGCAGCAUGGUGAUUUCUGCACAGGGAAUUACUGGGCUAGAAACAUCCGUGAGCCGGUAGUUUUUGAGCAGGCAGUGAAGUCAGCAACUAAAGGAAUGAAGAAUACAGUCUUUGUGGAGAUAGGGCCAAGAAAGGGGCUGCAGAGAAACAUUAUGGAAUCUGUGGGUAACAACACAGCUGUUCUUGCAUCGGUUGAGCCAGAGAAAGAUCAUGAAACAAUGAUAUCUGUUGUUUCUAAGCUGUUCGAACUGGGUGUCUAUGUAGAUUGGAGCACCUUCUACAGAGGAUAUGAGACAAUGCCUCUGCCUAUUCCGAAAUACCAGUUUGAUAGUUCAGACAGAGAUGUCAUCAUUGGGGCAGCACAGAAAAGCAAAGGAAGUAACCAUCCUGUGCUUUGUCAGACAGGAAGUGAAAGUAAUGUUUUCAGCUGUGAUCUGAAGUCUGACUCUUGUUUUUACCUGAAAGAGCACAGACACAACAGUAUACCCAUCAUCCCUGGUGCUUUCUAUGCUGAGUUGGGUUUAGCUGCAUUCAUGGCCAGUGCCAAACCAAAAGUACCGCUCAGCUCACUACAACUCAGUGUCAACUUUCACAGUCCAUUUGUUUUAAUGCAGAAUUCACCUGAAAUGAAGGUGCAACUUGAGCAAACACAGAAUGAAUCGAGGUUCAAGGUACUCUCCCCUUCUGCAAUGUAUGCAUCAGGCACAGUGGUGUCAAAGAAAGAGAGGCUGAUUGAGGAGCAGUGCAUUUCCCUAAGCUCCAUCUACAAAAGAUGCAAAUCUGUUGUGAGCUCGCAGGAGUUCUAUGCGUAUCUCGCUCAGGGAGGCUUUCAGUAUGGAGAUGUCUUCCGCAACAAGGGGGAUGUGCACUACGGAGAAGAUCUCAAGGAGGCUUUUUCAGUUGUCACAGUUCCAGAAGAACUGCAGUCUCAGUUGCAUGACUACCACAUUCAUCCUGUUAUGCUAGAUUUUAUGAUGCAACUUCUCCCAGUUACAGUAGAGCACAUCUUUGAUGGUAGACCAGGAUUUCCUGCCAAAAUAGGAAGUUUGACAGUGUUUGAACCCUUGCAAGAAGAGAUGAUUGUCUAUCUGAGAGCAACUGAUGUAGGUCUUGAUCACUUUGAGGUUUGUGGCUGCUUUGCAGAUAAAGAAGGAAGAGUGUUGGUUGAGGUUAAACAAGCGACAAUCAAGUACCUUGGCAGUCGCUCUCAUGUGGUUGAGGAGUAUUUCUACCAUAAUGACUUCAGUGUCAUCUCUGAAGACGACACAUCUGCUCCUCCUCCUAAGGCCUUGGUCUUCUGUGACCGUAUAGGGAUCGGCAAAGGCCUUCAACAAUAUUUGGACUCAGAGUCUAAAUAUGUUUCCUUCACGCAUGCAAAACAUAUCUUGAGCCAUGGAUUUCCUUCUCUCUUGGAAAAUCUCAACAUAACGGAUGUUGAUAAAAACUUUGAUGAGGUCUUAUUUUUGUGGGGCAAAGAAAACCUGACCUCACUGUCAGCUGAUGUUGUUCUGCAGAAUUUGGCGAACUGCUGUGAGAUUUUCCGCCAAAUAGUCCUUGAGCUAAAGAAAAUUUCCUUCCCGAACUCCAUCAGAGCAGUCACCUUCUGUUCCUCUGACAUCACAGUAAACCACAUAAGUCCAGGUUUUGCUCUCAUUGGUAUGACAAGAUCAUUUGCUGCAGAGUUACCAGAUCUUUCUUUUCAGCUGAUUGAUAUAAGCUCUGUCUCUGCUGAGGACAUCGCAGCUCUGUCUGAGGUCCUAAGAUCGUGUCCUUGCAGCAAGUACCCAGAGUUGGUGAUAAAAGAUGGACAAAUUCUUAAACCUUCCAUUGUCCGUACUCCACCUGAAAUCACUGACUGUUCAGAGGGUAGUUUUACUCCUACAUUGUCUAAGCCAUGCAUCCUUCAGACAGCUGAUGCACGUAAGAUGACUCAACUGAGUGCCAUUCAAUUUGAGGAGGAAGCCCAGUCAUUGAGGAAUACAUCGGUUGAAAUUCGGCCCAAUAAGAUAUGUGUUCAUUCAUCUGACUACUUCCCUGUCAGUGCUUCACAUCUGAAUUUUGGCCAGACAUUGUACUGGAACAAACACUCAUCAUCACAGCACCACAAGCUACUGGCUCUUGAUUUCAGUGGUACUGUCACAGCAGUUGGAAAAGAUGUAAGGAAACUGAAGGUGGGGGAUCAUGUUGCAUCCUGUUAUCCUGUGGUAGCAGCCAGCAAGGUUAGUGUUCCAGAGGACGUGUGCUACAGCACCAAGCGGUUCCCAUUCCUUAAAAACACACCCUGCGUUUCCUACUUUGUGCUUGCAUGGGAGGUCCUGCACCGAGCCUUGCCCAGAACCAAACGUAAUCUAGGAAUCAUAUCCACUGUGCCGAAUUCUGCUCUGAUGAAAGUCUUGGCAAGCACCUCUUACAAGUCAGGUUGGAAUGUAAUUGUUGGCACACAGUGCAAUGGCUCUUUUGAAGUCAAUGUCAAAGUCAAUGUCAGUCAAAUAGAUGCAUUUGUCAUCCUGCCCCCAUUUGAUGAAUCUCUGAUUGCCACAGUUUGCAACUUGCCAGGUGCCAAACAUGUUGUCUUGAUCUGUGAAACUCAGAGUCAGUGCUUGCUUGCUCAGGAUGUGUUCCAAGGUGUGAAGGAAAGUGUUCGUGUGCAGACAAUUCAGAUGCCGGCCAUUUUCCAAAAGGGAUUCUUGAGUGCAGAAAGGCCCCACAUUUCUAACUGGCUGAAGUCCUUCAGGUUGAGCACAAAGUUUGGUCUUGAAAACUUUACCUUUCAGAGUGUGAACCCUGAAAGCACAGAGAUUAUUUCAGAGAGACAACAAUCAUACUUCACCUCUAAGAAACUGGCAGUUGUGGCUCUGGAAAAAGAUGUCAGUACCACGCUGUCUGACAUCCCACUGCUGCCAACAAAAAAACAGCUUUUCCGAAGGAGAGCAGUGUACAUAGUGGCAGGUGGUCUUUCUGGUCUGGGCUUUGAAACCGUCAAGUUCAUCUCACAAAAAGGGGGUGAGAUCAUUGUCAUACUUUCCAGGAGCAAUCCCACACCAGAGGUGCAGAAAGAGAUACAUAAUGUAGAGAAACAGUGUGGAAAUCACAUCACUACCAUGGAGUGUGACAUAUCUGUGUCUGAGUCUGUAAACAACGUUAUCAGUGUCAUCGACCAGAAAUUCUCUGGCUGUCCAAUCAGAGGAGUGUUUCACAGUGCAGUUGUCUUGCAUGAUGGGCUCAUUGAAACCCUCGACAAGUCUCUUUAUGAGAAAGUUUUCAAACCCAAAGUAAACGGUGCACUGAAUUUGCACAGUGCGACACAGCACUGUCAGCUGGAUUACUUUGUGUGUUACUCCUCCAUCUCAGCCUUUCUGGGAAAUGCAUCACAAACAAAUUAUGCAGCAGCCAACACAUUCCUUGACAUGUUCUGUCAGUACCGGCGCAGUCUUGGGCUGCCUGGACAGUCUAUCAACUGGGGAGCUCUAAACCUUGGUCUCCUCUUGAACAAGGAACAUUUCCAGCGGUUUCUGGAGGCAAAGGGUAUGAUGGUGAUGGAUGUGGCUGAGAUUCAUAAAGGUCUGGAGGAGUGCCUUGUGCUAAAUCGACCCCAACAGGCUGUUUGCAGGUUUCAUUUCAGAAACAUCAGGUUUAACGUCCUCUCUCAAAAUAAAGCCCUGACCCUGCGCCUGGCUGCAUUGGUUUAUGAGGCUUUCGAAAAAUCCAAAGAAUCGGAUUCUCAGGAUAUAAAAACUGAAACUGUCUCACCAAAAGAGUACGUCACCUCUCUGCUUAGUGAGACCAUUGGCAUGGAUAAAAGUGAGCUGAAAGAUGAAUCGCCACUUUCAUCCUUAGGCAUUGACUCCAUGCAGGCCAUGACUCUGCAGAAUCUCAUCUUUCAGCAGAGAGGUGUGAAUGUGCCUUUGGUGAAACUGCUGGAUCCCAAUGCCACACUGUCAACAGUAGUAGCUCUAUUGAGUGAAGGAGAUGAAGUUGAAGAUGAUGUUUCUACCAGACUGUAAAGAUGACAAAUACACAUGCAGAAAUCUAUAA